GCCCCGGGCUGAUGACACACCACGUGGCGAGCAGUGAGUUUAUACAGAUCUGAGAUUUCAGCCCAGAAUCACCAGAAACAUGUUUAAUAUAAGAACUGCGAUUCUGCACAGUGUUAAAGCGGCUCAGUAUAACCAGGUGAAGAACUUCCGGUUGGGGAAAGCAUGUCUAGAGUCUGUGAAUUUGAAGAAUCGCAGUUUUCUAACGCUGAAAGACUGUAAUCCAGACGAGAUCAAGCACAUCCUGAGAGUUUCUGCAGACCUGAAACACAGAAUCAAGCUCCAGGGACAAUAUCUUCCUCUCCUUCAAGGCAAAUCUAUCGCCAUGAUAUUUGAGAAGAGGAGCACUAGGACCCGCAUGUCCACUGAAACAGGUUUCUCUCUGUUGGGAGGUCAUCCCUGUUUUCUCACCCCUCAGGAUAUUCACCUGGGAGUCAAUGAGAGCACAACCGACACGGCCAGGGUGCUCUCUGGUCUGGCUGAUAUCGUGUUAGCACGGGUGUACAGUCACUCCACGCUGGAGCAGCUCAGUAAGGAAGCUUCUAUACCGAUCAUCAACGGCCUGUCUGACCUUUACCAUCCCAUACAGAUACUGGCUGAUCUGCUCACACUACAGGAGCACUAUGGCUCUCUGAAGGGUCUCACAGUAGCUUGGAUAGGCGAUGGCAACAAUGUGCUCCACUCCCUCAUGAUGUCCCUGGCCAAACUGGGCGUCAAUCUCCGAAUCGCCACGCCAAAGGGUUAUGAACCAGAUGCUGCAGUGACUCAAGAGGCUCAGCGUCUCUCCAAGCAGUUUGGUACAGAGCUGCAGUUGUCCUCUGAGCCAAUGGAGGCGGCUCAGGGCAGUAAUGUGCUGGUGACGGACACAUGGAUCAGCAUGGGCCAGGAGGAGGAGAAGAAGAAAAGAAUUAAGGAUUUUCAAGGCUACCAGAUCACUAUGCAGACAGGAAGUGUUGCUGCUCCAGACUGGACUUUCCUGCACUGUCUCCCGAGGAAAUCAGAGGAAGUGAAUGAUGAGGUUUUCUAUUCCCCGCGUUCUCUGGUGUUCACAGAGGCGGAGAACCGCAAAUGGACCAUAAUGGGGCUGAUGGUUUGCAUGUUGACUGAUUACAGUCCUCAAAUCCCUGAACUGAAACUGUAAUGCUUCCAAACAUAACUGGACUUUAAAAUAUGCAAGAAUCAUUUUCACCGUCUGCAGAAUACAGAAUCCUGUUGGACUAAAUCACUCUGCUUAAAAUGAUCUGUUUUAAAAUCAGUGUAAUGUUUACAGUUUGUUAUGUAUACAGAGUUACAUCGUGUUUAUGGUUUAAUAACACUAAUAAUAAUAAAUGUGCUAUGUCUGUGUGACCACUUUAACAUUUUAAGUCUGCAAAUACCAAAAUAAAAUGCUGGUAAAAAAUAAUGACAUCUUUUUAAUAAAUGUAUUUAUUAUAGAA